UUCAUCAGAUGUCACAAUAUAAAGUUUAACAAUUUGAACGUUGAUUUUUGUUGCGUACUCUCGACUGUUUGCUCCAUUGUGCUCUGCUAUUUUAGUUCUUCUCAAUAUUUGAGAAAUAUUUUCAUACAUUAUCUCAGUUUCGGCAACGUUUAUACUGCGCAGUGCGACAACCAACUUGUUAUGGGCCAUAAAGCGCACGAAGAAUCGCAUAAUUGAGCAUUGAACAUUAGUUUUAAUUAAACAUUGGCUUAAAAGUGCAUAUAUGCGUGCAUUAUUUCGUAUUGCAUUUUUGUGAUUUAUUUAUACAAGAACAACAAAAAUGCAACAUUUAAAUAAUAAAGAAGUUGAACAUUUGAUUUCAUUAGUACGUGUUAAUGAAAUUAUAUACAAUAAAAAGCAUCCCCAAUACAAAUUACAGUUAUUGAAAGAAAAGGCUUGGCGUAAAAUUAGUGCCGCAAUAAAUAUACCCGAAGAGCAUGCUAGAAACGCUUGGCGAUCAUUGCGAGAUUCAUUUGUGCGGUAUAGUGCCAACAUGAAAAAUAGCAAUGGCAACGUUACGGAUUGCCGAAAGCCUUAUAGAUACUAUAAUGCAUUGUUAUUCCUAAAAGAUACCAUGGAAUCAAAAGGAACCCGCCGAAAAAGUGAACCAUUAGAAUUAAUGCCCGAUUUGUCACCGGCACAUGAUCCUCUUGCACCAAUAUUAUUUCCAGUGGCACAUGAUCCUCUAGCAUCAGCGCCAUUACCUGCUGCCGCUUCACCCACUACUACAUCAUUGUCUAGUAAAAUACCACCAUCUCCACUGUUAUCAUCUUCAGCUCAAACGACAUCCGACAUUGAAUCGGAUACAUCACCGUUGCUGAUACCAUUGACAUCACCAUCUGCUAAUUCAUCUACAUUACCAAAAAAUCGUCAAAGGAAAAAACGAAGAAUUGAAGAAACUGAAAACGGUGCGCAAAAAUUCUUAACAUCAUUGGCAAAUACUUUGAAGGAAGAUGAUGAUGAAGUUGGCCAUUUUUUCAACACUCAAGCGAUUUUAGUACGAAAAUGCAAUUUAAACGUCGACGAGUUUUUCGAUUUGGAAAUGUGCGUUCUUAAGUCUAUUAGAGACAAGCUAAAAGAAAUGGGUAAAAUAUAGAAAUAUUAAUUAUACGUAUCAAGUCUAUAAUGGCACUUUGAAAAAUGUCAAGUCAUUUUCAGGACGGCAAUACAUUACAAAGAUUGAAUAAAACUAUUAAUAUAUUUUCCUA